GAUCUAGCUCUCCCAUUGAGACGAGAACCCACAUACUAGAUCACAAGCGAAAACCAUUAUCCCAUCAUGGCUCCGAGGUCCAGGAGCAGCACCAUGUCGUCGCUUCUCCUCAUGGCGCUGCUGCUCUCCUGCAGCGGCAUGAGUGGCGCGGCGCGGUUGCUGGAGGAGGCGCCGCCCAAGGAGGAGCACCCACAUCCUACCGUGCCGGAGUUGCCAAAGCCCGAGCUGCCGCCACACCCGACCGUUCCGGAGAUGCCGAAGCCUGAGGCGCCGCAUCCUGUGCCGGAGCUGCCCAAGCCUGAACUGCCUCCUCACCCUACCGAGCCUGAGCUCCCAAAGCCUGAGGUGCCGCACCCCAUGCCGGAGCUGCCCAAGCCUGAACUGCCUCCUCACCCUACUGAGCCAGAGGUGCCGCACCCUGUGCCGGAGAUGCCCAAGCCUGAGCUGCCUCCUCACCCUACUGAGCCUGAGGUGCCGCACCCCGUGCCGGAGAUGCCCAAGCCUGAGCUGCCUCCUCACCCUACCGAUGAGCCUGAGGUGCCACACCCCGUGCCGGAGAUGCCCAAGCCUGAACUGCCUCCUCACCCCACCGAGCCAGAGCUGCCAAAGCCUGAGGAGCCGCACCCAGUCGCGCCGGAGCUGCCAAAGCCUGAACUCCCUCCUCAACCCGUCGUGCCGGAGCACCCGACCGUGCCAGAGCUCCCCAAGGCCGAGGUGCCAAAGCACGAGCUGCCACCGAAGCCAGAGGGCCACUACCCGGAGCCGGAGGCAAAACCAUGAGCGGAUUAAGGACGUGCAGUCCCGGACAUUUAUAUAUUCUAUAUCAUUCUAUGCGUGCAUGGUGUGUCUAUGCACAGUUGUAUGUAUGAGUUGCGAUGAUGUGUACUUGCGUUCGAGCUUCCUUGUGAUGAGCUAGGAUAUAUAAUGUGUUUCAGCCGUAUGUAUAUCUUUGUUUGGAUCCAUAUAUAUGUAAAUGAAUAAAGAGUUCUAGUUACUAUCA